UACCCUACCCAAGCCAUCAUGUCUGAGAUGCUUGUACCGCGGGUGGAGGAGGAGCAGGGCCUCAGCGUGAACUCGGAUGUCCCCGAGGAGAGGAUCGCCGCCCGCCGGAAGCGAAUCGCCGAGCGGCUGGAGGAGAAGAAACGGGAAGCGAUGGAGAGAAUUUAUGGCAUUGAAGAGGAGGUUAAGGAGGAUCUAGGUAAAGGCUGCAAGCAAGUUGUAGACUCACAUCAGAGACUGAUUAAGCUGCAAAGAGAUGGGACAUCAUUGGUCACAAAUGUGCAAACUGCUGAAGACUCGAGGGAGACACAGCGAAGAAACACAGAAAGAGAAAUGCAAAAGCAUAGGACUGCGAAGCUGGAGAAUGAAGCAACAUUGAGUGAGGAAAAAUUUGAAGUCAUCACAAAGAAAUGGCUGACAGCAAAGGCCCGUAAGAUUCCACAGGAUCUGCGUGACAUUCUUAUCAAACAGCAACAGCUCUGUGCUGACUUAAUUGAAGGGAAAAACAAGCUGAUUAACACUUUGCAGAAGGAGCUAAAGUUGAGCGAUGACCAGUAUGUGAAAGACCUGAAGAAAGCAGCUGAAGACAUUGACCUGUUGUUGGAACGGAUGGAAGAACAAAUAAAAACCUUAACUAGAUCCUAUAGAGAGGAAAUCAUGCAGAUAGAGAAAGCUUUUCAGCUGGAACGUCAUGAGCUAAUGAAAAGUAACCUUAUGAUGUGGGAAAAAAGAAUGCAGAUGCGAAGAGACAAAGAGAUUGAAUAUCUGAUGAUCCGAAUGGAGAAAGUGGAGCAUUAUGAGAAUCAGCUUCAGCAGUUGAGAGUUCAAGACGCAGAGGAAUACAAUAUGAUCAAAAUUAAGUUGGAGACUGAUGUAGAGAUUCUAGAGCAACAACUGGAGCAGAUGAAAGCUAUAUACCAACUAAACCAAGAAAAGCUUGAAUACAACUUCCAGGUGUUGAAGAAACGUGAUGAAGAGAACACAGUCACAAAAUCACAACAAAAAAGGAAGAUUACCAGGCAACAUGAUAUUCUGAACAAACUGAUCAAAAAAUUGGCUAAACAAGAGAAAAUGUAUCAAGAAGAGAAUCAGAACUUAACUGAACAAUACAAGAGGACUGUGGAACUAUACAAGGAUCUGCAGAAGAAAAUUAGACGUUUUGCUGCAAUUGAUGCAAAGAAAUUUGAAGGCAUUUGGUUAAUGAAUGAGAAAGAGGCAAAGGAUCUAGUCAGAAAGGCCCUUGAUGUUGACCAAAUAAUUCAUGAGCAACAGCUGGGCUUGAGUUGGACAAGUCCAGAUCUGUGUUUUAUGAAUAAUGUUGGACCUAUAGUAUGCAAUACCAAGAAGAAAAAAACAGCUGCUCAGCUGGCAGAAGAAGUUAUUCUAGGAGAAAGAAGGGAAAGGGAUUUGGGGGAAAGAACAGAAAAAAGUCAGAAACCAUCACUGUGGAAUGCCGUUUUCCAAAACGUUUGUUAUUCAGCUAGUGAGGAGAAGGCAUUGGAAUUAUGUGGUGGAGAACCUGGAAAUAUCUCAUUGUCAGCAGUCAAAACAUUGCUAGAAGUCUUGUGCGAUGAGUCUGGUUUCCUGAUUGAAAGCAAGCUGCUUAAAAUCCUUGCUCCCCUCAAGAAAGAUGAACAAUAUCUAAUAAAACUGGAUGCCAUAUUUGCAGCUUUAGGAAUAGAGAAUGAAGAUGAUACAAUCAAACUGACAGAGUUCUUCAUAAAGCAUUGUAAGACGUCUAAACCUGAAUCGGAUAAGGAGACAGAAGAAUUGUUGCAGAUACUUGAUGAAGAGGUAAUGCAAGAGUUCCAAAGUAAUGCAGAGAAGCAAGAAGAUGGUAUGAAACCAACAGAUGAGGAAGAAGUUUGUAUAACUGAAGCUGAUGAGCAAGAGGCCGCUGCUUGCUCAGAUCUGCUCAACAAGCAGCAUUUAGAACUUGUUCACCCUAAUGACAUCCUCAAAACUCUAAGACUUUUCCUCGAAGAAAACCAGCAAUCAAGGGAAAAUUCACAGCCCAAAGUGACUACAGUGAAAGAGAGAGAUAGCACUGAGGAUAGUGCUUACUGGGAUGCCAUGGCAAACAUCAUACCUAAACAUAAAUUGAAGACCUGGAGAUGGCUGGAAGAUGCACUGGAAAAAUAUUACAAAGUCUUGGUCAAAAGAGCAAACUUAAACGCUGAUAGGUGUAGCCUUGUUCAACAAAAUUCAGAGUUCAAGUUAUUACUUCACCAGUAUUUGCAUUCCAGGGUAAACAAUGAACUUGAGAUUCCACCAACACAAUUGAUGCAGUUUAAUAUUGAACAAACAUAAGACACCAACUUGAAGAAUUUCCGGCUUUCAUGAUUAAACCUUGUGAAAAGGAAUUAAUGAUAUUUAGUUUGUUGUGGACUUUGAGAGCGUAUUGUGGAAUGCUUUUGAUUGCACUCCAAAUUAAAUAGCUUUUCCUACAUGAGGACAAGGUACAGCUCUUUUGUGUGUAUUCUAAUACUUGAGAUCUAAUCUUUAAUUACAUUGGUAAUCAUAAAAUAAAUAAAUAUUGCUUUGAAAACA